AUGGUAUAUGAUGAUAAUGCUCCAAUCAGUACUAAAGAGAAAUCAAAAGCAAACAAUAAUCCUAUAUGCAAGGUUGAUACAUAAGAAUAAAAAGGAAACUAUUCAAUACCAUAUAGAGUUACUUGGAUAGAUAAUUUGCAUAGAAAAAUUAUUGUAACUAUUAGAGUAACAUCUGAUAUUACUGUCAGAGAAUUUUUAUAAAUGGUUAUAGGAGAAUUCAAUUAAACUUUUAAGAGAGCAGAAAUGGAAUUAUUUUUCUUUUUAAAUGAUUUCAAUAUAUAUGAACUUUAUGAAAUGGAUGAAGAUGAAAGACCAGAUGAAGAACUUCCGCGUAUAUUAAAAUCUAAUUUUCUUAGCUUAUGAUGAACAUUAAAAAUUACGUCAAUUAGAGACUAAAUCUUUUGCUUUGAAACAAACUUAAAUAAUGUUGAAUUCCUUAAUGGUUUCAUCUUUAAGUGAUCCCUUAUCAUGUAAAUCACCAAUAUCACCAAGAAGUGAAGAAGAAAAAAUAAAUCCAUAAUAUAACAAUAUAUAGAAUACAGAAAAUUUUGAUGAGAAAAUAAUUUGUUAAGAACAGGAUCCUUUAAAAAAAAAUAAAGAAACAGAUCAAAAACCAUGGUGGUGUUUAUGUUGUUAUGAAGAAUGAGAUCCUAC